AUGGAUAGACAAGCCCUUCUAGAACAGAAACGACAGCGACUACAGGAGCUCAAGCAGCGGCGCUCAGAAUUACAGAAAUCAUCCACCGUUUCGCAGGUGCCUAGCUUGCCCGUUCUGGUGAAGGUGGAUUUUGCUGUGCAAGUUGAUCCACCAGCUGUAAACACACAUCAAACAGCGCCAACUUCCGAUAUACGGCCUAACGAACAUCGUUCAGAUGUUAAGCGUUUUGAUAAGGCAGUCCAAACGGAAUUUGAAGAGGAUUCUGACAUUGGAGAAAUCCCAUCUCAACCUAGCACCAAAGAGAACAUAAAAGAGGAAAAUGAACUGGAUCCUGUGGAAACAACUGGGCUUACAACGCAGGAGUUGGUAGAGGAGGCUCUAGAGGACCAAUUGGCGCAGUCCAAACUUGGGUUUUCCUUUUCUAAUCUCCGUUUGGGUGUAAAGGAUCCAGGUACUGUUCAAGAAGACACAAAAGAGCCAUUCAACGUUGCCAACGGGCUCUCGCAUUUCCUCGACCGGCCCAUUACGCAUAUAAGUACGGUUAUACAGUUUCCAGAACUUAUCCUCGUGGGAUAUGGAAGAUCCAAAGAAAAGAAGCUCGAUGACAUCUCUGGAAGUGCUGGAUUGGCAGUUAUCUUCAAUAGAAAUGCUUUCCCAAUGGUGCCUGAGUUUUUCCUUCAAUGUACAAGUCCAAUCACAGCUAUCGAGUUCAAUACUACUGAUCCAUUCAAGAUAGUGGCCGGUUUGGAGAACGGAAGGGUGGUUAUGUGGGACUUGACUGAGGUCAAUCCUACCCAAAUCGCAGUGUUACCAACAUUACAGACUACAACGCUAGCAGCAUCGACAAAUACGUCGAAUCACAGAUAUAUCCACCACACCUCGCCUAUCGUUCGUAUUCACCAAUUAGAUGCGAACAGCCAGUUAAGUUCAAGUAUUGUUUCUGUAUCAUCGGAAGGAAUUCUUAACAUGUGGUCACCCAACUUUCUUGCAUUCCCCAAAGUUGAUAGUGUGAGGCUCUCAGGAGAAUCCGAGAGACUCAAAGACCAGUUCUCUUUGACAGACUCACUAUUCCUUCUGAGUCACCUAAGGUUUACUGACGAGGUGCAUCUGGCCAAAUCUCCAGAAAUGCGCUUCUUGAACCAGGCUCUUGUAAGCUCAAAGAACGGUCACAUAUACCGUCUUUCCAACAAUAAGGACAAAAAUUGCAUUGCAUUGGAAUACUCGGUCAUUGAAGACCAAUCGCCUCAAGUUUCGCUGUCCGUGACCUCGAUGGCCGAAUUACCAGUUUCUUCCACCAUCUCAAUAAUCGUAUCCGGUCACAAUGACUGGCAACUCCGAGUGUGGGACUUGGCUAAAAAGAAGCCGAUUGCUAGUAUUCCAACGGCGACGGUGGUGACAAAAAUAGUGGCACGUCCCGGACACCCCUUUCACAUUAUCACUCUCGGUAGUGUCAAUCCUCCCAAGAUUGGUCCGUGCAUUCAAUUCUGGGACCUUCAAGCCAGACUCAUGAGUCCGGUAUCAACAUUUUCAAUCAUAGAUAAGACCUGCCGGGCCACUACAGCAUGCUUCACCCCGGACGGAUCACAUGUAAUGGUAGCGUUCGCAGAUGGAGAUAUUAAUAUUUGGGAGAUCGAAGAGUCCAGGUUGGACGCCAUUACGAGCAUAACGGCUAACAUUUCGAUAGACGAGGGCAUUGUCCCUCUACUAAAGUCUGUAUAA